AUGCAAUAUGAACGUACAUGUUAUAGUCCAUCAUCAGGAAACACUCCAAUAAGAACAAGAGUAUCAUGUAAUCCGCAAGGUGAUUUUAUAUUUCAAACGGUUCACAAUGAUAUACAAAAAACAGGUGGUUCAUCAUUUUUAACAGAAUUCGAGUUUGAUCCAACAAGUGACAGUGGCGCACAACAAAAUUAUUUUGUUAUGAAUAAAUGUGAUCAAUAUUUUCAAUCAUGGACUGUAUGGGGUGCCAGUUUUAUUGAUUCAUCUGGUAAUAUAUUAUAUAAUAUUUUAUCACAAUUUAAUCGACCUUAUGCUUACGCUAUUGCUGGUACACCACAUUUAAUGUUCUAUGAUCGUAAUCAUACGCGUUGUUUUACAUUAAAAUAUAUAAUUGACCUAACAAUAAACUGUCCAUCCCAAAUUUAUUUACCUGAAAUAAUUUAUCCUAGACCAAAUGGUUAUAAUAUUACCUUAACAUGUGGAUUAGAGUCAAGCGUUAAUUUAGAUGAUUCGAAUUUAAUUGAUAUUUAUACAACAAAUUUAACUCCUAAUGGAUAUAUGCGAAUCGUUAAUAUAAGACCAUGUUAA